AUGCCCAGAGGAGCUCAUUUCCGAGAGGAAGACAGCCAGAUCGCACACAGCGUGACACUGGGAGAACUGCAGCAGUACCUUGACAGCUCCGGUCCACCUAAUUGUCCUGGCACGCUCUCUCGUAAAGCCUUUGCAGACAGUCUUGAUGGUCCCACAGCUGGCUGCACAUUUGAGGAGGACUCCGAUCCGACCCUGUGUGAAUACAGACAGGGCCAAGAGGACGACUUUGAUUGGCAGCUCGUGCGCACCUACAGCUGGCCGCACAUGACCUCUGACCUUACGCGGGGCUCUUAUAUGUUGAUAAACUCUUCCCAGCAUGCCGCGGGGCAGCGGGCAUUUCUGUCGUUGCGGUCCCUGAGUGAGAAUGACACGCACUGCGUUCAGUUCAGUUAUUUCCUGUACAGCCGUGACGGCCACAGCCCCGGGACGCUGCGUGUGUACGUGCGGGUGAACGGGGGGCCGAGGGGCAGUGCCGUCUGGAACGUGACGGGUUCCCAUGGACGCCAGUGGCACCAGAUAGAACUGGCUGUCAGCACCUUCUGGCCCAGCGAGUACCAGGUCAUAUUUGAAGCCACAGUCUCCAGUGAGCAGCGAGGUUAUAUUGGCCUUGACGACAUCGUGCUGCUAAACUACCCCUGCUAUAAAGUGCCACAUUUUUCCAGACUGGGUGACGUGGAGGUGAACGCGGGACAGAACGCCACCUUCCAGUGUGUAGCCACUGGUCGCUCGACCAAGACCGAUCCCUUCUCGCUGGAGAGGCGCAGUGGCAUUCUGAUGUGGCCGUUCUCCGUCUCCUCCCCGGUGGGUGAGAGGAGGCUGGUGGCGUCGUUUCAGGUGGAGGGGGUCCAGCGUGGGGAACAGGACCUGUACCGAUGCAUUACCCAAUCAGCACGCGGCUCUGCCGUCUCCAACUUCGCUGAGCUCAUCGUUAGAGUCCCGCCCUCUCCCAUAGCCCCACCCCAACUGCUGCGUUCGGGCCCCACCUACCUGAUCAUCCAGCUCAACACCAACUCCAUAGUGGGAGACGGGCCUGUGAUUCGCCGGGAGAUCCAGUACCGGGCCAGUCACUCCCCCUGGUCCGAAACCCACGGUGUCAGUUCCCUCACCUACAAGGUCUGGCACCUAGAACCGGACACGGAGUACCGCAUCAGUGUUCUCCUCACCCGGCCCGGGGAGGGUGGAACCGGUCUUCCGGGACCCCCGCUGAUCAGCAGAACCAAAUGUGCAGAACCCAUGCGGCCGUUGCGGGGCCUGACGGCGACGGAGAUCCAGUCACGUCAGCUGGUGUUACAGUGGGAGCCACUGGGAUACAACCUGACACGCUGUCACACCUACUCCCUGUCCCUCUGCUACCGCUACUCCACGGCAACAGGGGGCAGUAACGGCAACAACGCCACGGUGCGCGAGUGCCUGUCCGUGGAGCGGAACACGUCCCGCUUCACCCUGCGGGACCUGCCGCCGUUCCGGCUCGUCCACGUCCGCCUGGCGCUCGCCAACCCCGAGGGCAAGAAAGAAAGUCGAGAAGUCACGUUUCAGACGGAGGAAGACAUUCCUGGUGGCAUCGCUCCUGAGUCCCUGACCUUCACCCCUCUGGAGGACAUGAUUUUCCUUAAAUGGGAGGAACCACUGGAACCGAAUGGACUCAUAACACAAUACGAGAUCAGCUACCAGAGCAUCGAGUCGUCCGAUCCCAGCAUCAACAUUCCCGGCCCCCGCCGCACCGUUUCCAAGCUGAAGAACGAGACCUACCACAUGUUCUCCGGCCUCCACCCGGGCACCACCUACCUGGUGUCCGUCCGCGCCCGCACGGCCAAGGGCUUCGGCCAAACCGCCCUCACCGAAAUCACCACCAACAUCUCCGCGCCUGCUUUCGACUAUGAGGAUAUUCCCUCUCCACUUAGUGAAUCAGAGAGCACCAUUACAGUCCUGCUCCGACCAGCUCAGGGGAGAGGGGCACCUGUCAGCGCGUAUCACGUGGUGGUGGUGGAGGAGGAUGGGUCCAGGCAGGUCCGGAGAAGAGAACUGGGUCAGCAGGAGUGUUUUCCCGUCCCCGCGUCUCACCUGGAGGCCCAGUCCAAAGGAGCCCCUCAUUACUACACCGCGGAACUGCCCCCCAGCAGCCUGCCCGAGGCCACGCCCUUCACCGUGGGAGACAAUCACACGUACAAUGGGUACUGGAACACGCCCCUGGACCCCAGCAAAAACUACCUCAUCUACUUCCAAGCUGCCAGCAACUUCAGAGGGGAGACUCGCAUCAAUUGCAUCCGGAUUGCCCGCAAAGCUGCCUGUAAGGACCAUAAGAGAGCUCUGGAGGUGUCGCAGCAUGCAGAGGACAUGGGUCUGAUUUUGGGGGCCUGUGCCGGGGGCUUGGUGGUCCUCAUUGUUCUGCUGGGAGCCAUAGUCAUCAUCGUUAAGAAGGGGAGGGACUUCUAUUCUUACCCUUACUAUCCGAAGAAGGUGAAUAUGAAUAAGGCAGCGAUGAUGUACCGUCAGGAGAAGACACGGAAGCUGGGGUCUCUGGACUGCAGUGCCACGGAGCAGAGUACACUUCAGCAGGAUGAGCGCACCACGCACACCUUUAUGGACACACAUAACUGCAGUGCCCGCAAUGACCAGCGGAGCUCUGUGAACGAAUCCAGCAGUUUGUUGGGCAGCUCACCGCGUCGUCUCUGUCGUAGAAAAAGCUCCCCGUACCACACGGGUCAGCUGCACCCUGCCGUGCGUGUGGCCGACCUCCUGCAGCACAUCAACCAGAUGAAGACCUCCGAGUGCUACGGCUUCAAACAGGAGUACGAGAGUUUUUUCGACGGUUGGGACGUGACCAAAAAGAAGGACAAAAUGAAGGGCAGACAUGACAGCCUCCUCGGUCACGAUCGUCACCGCGUCAAACUACACUCCUUACUCGCAGACCCGAACUCCGACUACGUCAACGCCAACUACAUCGACAUUCGGAUAAACAGGGAAGGCUACCAACGGUCAAACCACUUUAUUGCCACUCAAGGACCUAAGCAGGAUAUGAUAUAUGACUUUUGGCGAAUGGUUUGGCAGGAGAACUGUUACAGCAUUGUGAUGAUAACUAAGUUGGUGGAGGUGGGCAGGAUGAAGUGCUGUAAGUACUGGCCAGACGACAGCGAGCUGUACGGGGACAUAAAGAUCACUCUGCUGAAGACGGAGACGCUGGCGGAGUACACCGUGCGCACCUUCGCCAUGGAGCGGCGAGGUUACCCCGCCCAACAUGAGGUGUGCCAGUUCCAUUUCACCUCGUGGCCGGAGCAUGGCGUGCCGUACCACGCCACGGGUCUGCUGGCGUUCCUCCGCCGUGUGAAAGCGUCCACACCACCAGACGCUGGCCCAGUGGUCGUGCACUGCAGUAUGGGGGCAGGUCGGACGGGCUGCUACAUCGUCCUGGAUGUGAUGUUGGACAUGGCGGAGUGUGAGGGAGUGGUGGACAUCUAUAACUGUGUGAAAACUCUCUGCUCACGUCGCAUUAACAUGAUUCAGACAGAGGAGCAGUAUGUGUUUAUUCAUGAGGCCAUUCUGGAGGCUUGCCUGUGCGGUGAGACGGCCAUUCCGGUCAGUGAGUUUGCCCUCACCUAUAAGGAUCUGCUGAGGGUGGAUUCCCAAAGCAACUCGUCUCAGCUCAGAGAGGAAUUUCAGACGUUGAAUUCGGUGACCCCUCACCUGGACGUUGAAGAGUGCAGCGUCUCUCUGCUGCCGCGGAACCGGGAGAAGAACCGCAGCAUGGACGUUUUACCUCCGGACCGCGCCUUGGCCUUCCUGAUCACCAACGACGGAGACAGCAACAACUACAUCAAUGCGGCGCUGGCUGACAGCUUCCACCGGCAGGCGGCAUUCGUGGUCACGCCUCACCCCUUACCCGGCACUACGGCCGAUUUCUGGAGGCUGGUUUUCGACUACGGCUGCACCUCUGUGGUCAUGCUGAAUCAGCUUAACCAGUCUAACUCAGCCUGGCCCUGUCUUCAGUAUUGGCCAGAAACAGGAAUGCAGCAGUUUGGACCAAUGACGGUUGAACUCCUCUCCAGGUCCACGGACGAUGACGUCAUCAUCCGCCUGUUCCGUGUCAACAACAUCACACGGCUACAGGAAGGACACCUGGUGGUUCGGCAUUUCCAGUUCCUGCGCUGGUCGGCCUACAGGGACAUUCCCGACUCCAAGAAAGCCUUCCUGACUCUCCUAGCCCAGGUGCACAAGUGGCAGAGGGAAUGCGGCGAGGGCCGGACCGUGGUCCACUGCUUGAACGGCGGUGGGCGUAGCGGUACUUUCUGUGCUUGUACGAUGAUUUUGGAGAUGAUCAGACACCAGAGCGUGGUGGAUGUCUUCUACGCCGUGAAGACACUACGGAACUCCAAGCCCAACAUGGUGGAGACGAUGGAGCAGUAUAAGUUCUGCUAUGACCUGGCCCUGGAGUAUCUGGACUGCUUAGAGGUCAGAUAA